UUGUGAUUCAGUUUUUUCCGCGUUGCUCAAAAAGAGGGCUCUCGAGCAUCAUGACACAAAGUUCAGCUGUGAGGAUGUCAGCAUGGGAGCAUAAACCAUUGUGAAUCUUUGGCAGGUUCACUGAAGAGGCGACAACAAGACACCACCGAGGCUUUGCUGCUGGCCACAGACCGUCGCUCUCUCCUUAUCCCCCGACUCCAGCGUUACGUUCUGCUGAUGUUCUUGUCGUGGCUCGCUGCUGGCUGCAGGUUUCCUUAUAAACAGUUCAGCUGCAUCACGACCUAAAAUAGCGCCUAACAAUGAUCGUUAGUGUGCAUGUGUAAGGAUUUGAUACCGUUCCCUUCUUUUUUUCAGGACUCACUUUCGAGCAAACCAAAACUUUAUAUCAUAACAAUAACAAAGGAUGUGCACAUCUCUACAUCCUUAUCAUUACCACAACAAAUGAAAAAACACGGGAAUGCAGUUCUGAGCCGCAGAACGAGCUGUUAGACACUUUGAACGCUGUUCUACGUUUUGGAUCAUCCCUAUCUGAGUUAUGCAUCCUGUCAAGCAACAUUUCUUCUGAAUCUUGCAACAGUCUUUUUCACUGAAAUCUUGUGUAUGCACUGAUGACCGAUGCCUGCAUUUUCACUUUUUAAGCUCUCAUUUCACUCGUUUCCUUUGAUCAAACAGCGAGCGCUCUCCUGCGCUCACCUUGAAGAAACCAUGCUCGCUGCACUUUAAUAAAGGGUGACCUUUCCCCUUGAACUUGGACUAUAUAUGACUGCGGAGUUUCGGUCUGCUUUGUUGGAGAAAGCAGCCUGAUAACAAGCCUGCCACUCUUUAAAGUGGGCGUCUGCUCAAACCUUAAUAAAACUGACUGUAAACACUGUUAUGCUUCAGAUUGGCUUCCUCGGAGCACGGGAUACAUUUGACCAAACUUGUGCUGUUAAGCUUUCACUCUUCUAGCAAGCACGCUCAUUUAAAACUUUGAUUCAAAGAUUUUUCCCCUUUGGCAGUCGUGCUGUCCAAAAACAGGUGGUUAAUCUGUAAGCACAAUGCUCCCUUUACUCUGGAGGAAGGAAGGAAAACUGGCUUAUCAGAAACCUGACCAAAUACGGAGAGGUGAAACUACCUCGUGUAUGAAGUAAUGCAAGCUAUGAAUUGAAGGUGGAGCAAAUGUACCUUUUAGAAGCUUAAGAUUACUUUGCCAUGUGAUUGCAGAUCAGGCAAACAUACAUUGCACAAUUUUAUUUGAAGCUAAUUUCAAACAGUGUUCAAAGAGUGUUUGUAUUUCUUUUUUUAACAAUGUGUACUUUCAAUGUAAUUUCAAGCAGGAAACAUGCCUGUGAGUUGGACACUGGUGUAAGUAGGAGCAGAUUGGGCCUAAUUGAAAUGCUAAUGAGAGGCCGGUGAUGUCAGCAGACACUUCACGCUGUGGAGAGAGUCGGGUCACCUCAGGAGUUCUUCCCCUGCUUUGUUCUAACCAGUAAUACGUGCAGGAAUUAUGAGGGGGACAUUUUGCAUUGCCACGUAACUCGAGUGAAAUAUGUACACAACUAUGCGAGACAUCUACCGCAACAACACCUGGACGCGACAGGAAUGCGUCUGUUUGAGUAUUUGCACCCAUGCGUUUAUGUUUGACACGUGAAUGUUUUCUUACCACUGAAAACAGAAACCAGCCGCAUAUCUGCAGAUACAAACGGCCACGUACGAGUGAACGGACGAGUCGGGCCAGUUACGGAACAAAUAUUACAACUUUUAAAUGAGUGUUUCUCUGACGACAGAUGUGAGCAGAGACGUUUGAGGUCAUUCUCAAACCGUGUGCGUGUUUGUUUACUGGGUGGUCCCUGAAAUUCCUUCAGUACCUUAGGCUGCAUGUAUGUUUGUCGGACUAUAACCGGUUUAAGACAAUGGCGAUUCUGUGGGACAACAAUAGGUGGAAAUGCAGCUGCCAAGAAGUGUGUGCGCAGCUCACCCGCAGAUGAGCCACAUGAGAAAUGCGAGUGAAAGAAGAGGAAGCUGCAGGGAAAUGGAAACAUUUUCUUGCACAUUUAUUGUCACGACUUUGGUGUUUUACUUUUCAUUCAUUCUCUCUUUCUUUCUGCUCUCUCUCUGCUCUCCUGCCUGCGCCUUCUCUGCUUUGCUCUUUUUUCCUCUCCCUCCUUGUUCAACCUGCUUAUCUGAACUGGGCAGGGCCCGAUGUACUCACAGGACGGGGGAGGGGCCUUGCCUGCUUUCAAUCAAUAACCUUUUGGAAUUUAGAAAUACAAGUAGGUCCUGUCUCUGGCAGGCUGUACCACACUCUCGAGGGCGGGCUUUCAGGCACACUCGACGAAAUCCCUAUCUCCUCCUGGCAUUCUCCCUGACUGUUUCUCCAGGGCUGACUGUUUGGAGUCCACCACAAUGGCUGAUCACACCUCUCCAGACUACUUCAGCUGCUCUCUGUGUCAGAACCUACUGAGGGACCCUGUGGCUAUCCCCUGCGGCCACAGCUUCUGUAUGGACUGCAUCAGUGGCUACUGGAAUGAAGCCGACUACACAGGGAUUUACAUUUGUCCCCAGUGUAAGAUCACAUUCACCCAGAGGCCUGUACUGAGGCCCAACGCCACUCUGAGCAUGGUGGCAGAGAAGAUCAAGAAGAGCGGUCUGAACCUCAACCUCAGCACGUCCCAGGGGAGCGUCUUUGCCGGAUCAAACGACGUGCCCUGUGACUUCUGCAUCGGGAAGAAAUUAAAGGCUGUCAAGUCCUGCCUCAACUGCCUGGCAUCCUACUGCGAAAAGCACUUGAAGCCACACUAUGAAUCAACCACGUUCAAGAGACACAAGCUUGUGGACGAGUUAGGGAACUUGGACAGGAAGAUCUGCCCACAGCACCAGAAGUCCCUGGAGCUCUUCUGUCGCACAGAUCAAAUGUGUAUCUGUGCCAUCUGCACAGUCAGCGAGCACAGGGGCCAUGACAUCGUGUCUGCUGAGGCAGAGAGGGGCGAGAAGCAGAAACUUUUGGGAGUCUCCCAAGCUGAGAUUAAACAAAAAUGCCAGGAGAGGGUGAAGGAGCUGGAGGAGCUCAAGACUGCGGUGGAUUCCCUCAAGAACUCCGCCCACAGAGCCAUGGUGGAGAGCCAGAAGAUGUUUGAGGAUAUGAUACGCUCCAUUGAGAGGAUGAGGUCAGAGGUGAGCAAGCUGAUUGGAAUCAAUGAGAAAGCUGCUUUCAGCCAAUCCGAGGCUUUGAUCGAGCGUCUGGAACAAGAGAUUGAUGAGCUGAAGAAAAAAGAGUCUGGCCUCAAGCAGCUGUACAGCACUGAGGACCACAUCCACUUCCUGCAGAACUUCAACUACCUCUGCACCCCCACUGAUGACGGCUUCAUACCCAGAGUGACCGUGAACCCCGACUUCUCCUUCGCGGCUGUCAGGAAAGCUGUGGCUGAGAUUAAGGAGCGCCUCGAGGAGUUUGGCAGAGAGGAGCUGCUCAGGAUUUCCAAGUCAGUGAAUGAGGUCCCGGUUUACACUACAGAGAGUCGAACGUUGGACAGAAGGAGCAGAGGCAAAGAAAUGACAGUGGACAACACUCCCCCAGAGCCAAAGACCAGAGCUGAUUUUCUGAAAUACUUCUGUCAACUGAAAUUAGAUCAUAACACGGCCUACAAGGAGCUUUGCAUCUCUGAGAACAGCAGGAAAGUUAUCCGCACCAGGGAGCUGCAGUCCUACGGAGACAACUCAGAGAGGUUUGAUAGCUUUGCCCAGGUGCUGUGCCGAGAAGCUCUAUCUGGAGGCCGCUACUACUGGGAGAUCGAGUGGAGCGGGGAGUUCUCCAUCGGAGUGGCUUAUAAGAGCAUCAGUCGAAAGGGCAAAGGUUCGCUCUGUCUGCUGGGCUAUAACGACAAGUCCUGGAGUCUGCUUUGCCAUGACUCCGGUUACUCAGCGUGGCACAACCGCGUGGACAAGCCUGCCAAUGGUCCUCACUCCCCGCGGAUAGGCGUGUACCUGGAUCACACUGCAGGGGUGUUGGCAUUUUACAGCAUAGGCAACACCAUGACCCUCCUGCACAGGUUUGAGACUAAAUUUGUCGAGCCCCUCUAUCCGGGCUUUGGAGUCGGAACGUCAGUCAGGAUCUGCAACGUCAAGUGAACGCUGGCAUUUGAGCUGUUUUAAAAAGAUUUCUGCGAAUAUACACCAGUGCUUUUGGAAUAUCUAUUUUUGCACCCAUUAUAAAAUGUCUCACAGCUUAUUUUUUAAGGUUUAUGAUGCUUCUUCCAAAUGUCUAUACACUUUUUUUGAACACCACAUGUAUUAAGCUUUGAAUGUAGCUGUCAAAUCAUAUUCUCACGGCAGUUUAACAAAUAUAUAUAUAUGAAUUAUUGAAAUACACAAUUCCUGCAUAGUCACACAAGAAAAGUGUCAUCCUGUUUGGCGUCUGAUGAUAUCUGCUGGAUAAUAUGAUAACAUACUUUUAAACAUUUUAGCUGAUAAUUUGCAUCUAUAGAUUUACACAAAGUUAACAAUGUCAGUUUUGUGAUGUCAUUAGGUUGUUCACUGUUGUUAUUGAAUAAUUCUUUUAAAAUUGCACUCCUACGACAGGUAUGAGUACUAUGAAGGUGCAUUGUUAUAAUUUCACUACUGUUCCAAGAAUGCUGUCAUUUCAUUUGGUCGUGUUGUGAUAUUAUCUAAAGGUCGUCACAUGAGUUUUUCCACUUGAACUAACCCUUAUUUAAUUUUGUGUAUGUUUACUUAGAUAAUGGACAGCCAGAGUAUAAUUGCUAUCAAAGAGAGAAUUGUUUUGUAACAACAUUGAUGCAUUUAAAUAAAGAACUCAAAUGAA